AUGGCAUAUAAACUCACUAGAGAAGAUGUCACAUGGGUCUCUGAGGAGUCUGCUGCCAUUCGGGCUGCCGGCAAUCCUAAUCCAGCCGUUCUUCGUGCUCUACUAGGUUACCAUAAAAAAAAGCUUCGUGAACUAGCGGGGUGCUCUCCUAACGCAAAUAUCAGUGGUGGUAAUAUGGGUACCUACGAAUCUCCACUCACCGCUGCCAUUCGUAUUAAUUCAUCAGAAAAUGUUCGCGAGCUUCUAGCAUGUGGUGCAGAUCCAACAGGCAUCCACAUAUGGGAUUUGUCUGACUACUCUGCGAGGUUCAUGCGCGGCCGAGAUGCCAAAAUCGAUGUCUCGAGCUUUGGCCCCUGCCAUACACGAAUACACAUUCUAGAAGUUGCAGCGCGUAAGGGAAUCACCAAGCAGACUCAGCCAUUGACACAAGCAGAACUGGCUGAGCGACGCACUAGCUUUCCACGAUUUUGGACUGAACCAAAUGUUCCAGGUCAGCGACUGAGGAUGAACAAAGGCAUCACAGCUCUAGAAGUGGCUGCUGGUCUAGGGUAUGAGGAUCUCUUCGCGCUUGUUCGUGACGCAGGAGCAGAUGAUUCUGCCUGGAUAAGCGCUUCGGGUCAGCCCAACUUCGAUCAUACUCGGCCAUCAUCAUUAAGCGUCACAUCUCCUGUGCACGAAGCCAUCGAACAUGGUCAACAUGCUAUGCUUGAACGACUACUCAACAAAUAUCACUACUCUCCAAAUUAUCGGCCAAUGGUCGCUCCUACAGUUGCCUUUCCGCCGCUUUCCUUUGCACUAGGUCGGUGCGACCCAGAUAAUCCUGAUAUCCGGGCCUGUAUCAAACAUCUUCUCGCGCACCCGGACAUCGAAUUAGAUCUCCGCACUCCUAUCUUCGACGUUCAUCCACUUCAUUUGGUAGUUGCUCGCCAUAACCCAGAGAUCCUAUCGAUUCUUCCUAUGCCACUCGCCAGCGCAGGCACGACGGCUCUGGGUCAUACAUUGCUUCAUAUCGCCUCGCUUCCACUUACCUCGAUGUCUUUAAACCGAGAAAGCCCUGAUGCGGUGCGAAGUAUCCACUGCGCCCGCACACUGGAUUCUACGUGGCUUCCGCAUUCACAACCAAGCCCGCUGCACUUGGAACCAACGAGAGCCGCAAUGCAAGUGCCAUUCCAUCACAUCAAUCCACCGACACCUUUGACAUCUGCUGAGCAGGAUGCACAGCUCCGCACCCUUCGUGUGCUCUCCGACGCGAGAAUCGAUGUACGCGCCCAGGAUGUCGAUGGAAACACUGCAUUACACUAUCUUGCUACUGCAUUGAAUGGUGAUCCCAGAGCCAUACAAUUAUUACGUGAGAUGGAAGGAGGCGAGAUGGUUUACAACACUUACAAAAAUCGUGAGGACCUGACGCCCCGUGACCUUUGGGAAGCUUGCAACGGAGCGUUAUUCGGGCAAUAG